AUGGUUACUGAUCUCUUGCAUGGGCCUCGCAGUCCGGCAACGACCUCGCUGUCAAUAGCUACGCAGCAACUCAUGACUGAAGCACCAGACUCGGAGCUUUUGGCGGCAUUGGAAGCAUCGCCAUUUGCAGCGUUUUGCGUUCUUGCAAAUUUGGGUGCUUUGGUAAAGGGUUUCACGCGGUGUUACUACCAAAUGCCACCGAGUGCGUCCGAUCCGGCCGCAUUUCAUAUCCUCACUCAAUCUCAAAAUAAACAGACCCAUACAGCAAUACGAGCAAUUUUGAGUAUCGUCAAGGACCAGGCCUACACGAGCGACAGCCCCCAAUUCCAUCUUUGGAGGACAAUCGAGCUCUUUAUCUCCUCGCUCAGAAUCAGCUUAUGCCGCCCCGAUCAGCUUUUGAUAGGUGGUAUCGUGGACAACAGCCUAAUUGCUGGAAUGGCCGCUUCCACACAUCUAACACAAGGGAAUUACGUCGCGACCCGCCGAUCGAUACCUGUUGUACCGCAACACGUCAGCGAUAAAGGCAUCCUUGCUCUUCUCAAUGAUCUGUCCGGUGCACUAUCAUGUAUCUCUGGUGAAGAUCAGGAGCAGGUAAGCUAUGAAGCACCGUGGACUACCGUGGCGAGUCAUGGAAUUCUACUGUGUAUCUGGGGAGCAUUGAGGCGUGCGACGACUGAUAUCCGUCACCAUCUGGACACGUUCAACGAACUUCCAAGAACCUCAGAAUCGUGCAUGUUAAUCUUGAACUCUCUCAUGGAAUCGAAGAGUCUGCUCGAGGAGGGUGAGUCAUUGUUUAUCAGUUUAGUCAAGAGUUUCUGUGAGCGAAGACGUCCGUGGGGGAUUGGGCCUUCCAUGCUUGCUGUGCUGGGAGAGGUUCCCAACCCUAGCCCCGUUGUGAGGGUAGAUUAA